UUUGUUCCAAUAAUAUAAUGAAUGAUGGGUGAAAGAAAAAGAGACACGGACUUUCCCAGAGCAGAAAUAUCAUCUUCAAACCCUUCAAGAGCGAAAAAUUUAUACAGAUUAUCUAAAGUGAGUCUAGAUGAGUCAGCUACAGAGUUCUCCUCCCUGGAUAACUGGGAGUCUGACAGGCCCAGUCUGGUACAGAGGACAAGCUUCUCCAACAUCUCAUUUAAAGGAGAAGACAAGACGACAGAUGAGAUCGGUGCCCAGAUGAGUCAGAUAGACGAGGGCCACAUCCAGCUGGACCUACAGGAUUUCCCAGACACACAGGGACAGGAGGGGAGACGGACUUUCAACGCCUUCGCUGAGGCAAGGCAAGAGGAUCAGGAAGUUCGUCAGCCUCCAGUCAGAAGAAGAAGCAGCCACGGGUCCAGACGGGGCAGGAAGCUGCCGGAAAUCCCUGCAACUAGAAGACGUUCUCCCGCACCUGUCCCCCCCAUGGUGGUGGGCAGUUUUCCAGACUCGGAGACAGAAACAGACUCGGCGCCCGGCAGCAGGCUCCUAGACGAGGCCCAGAUCCCCAGCACAGCCUUCAGCAGCACUAGCCUGGAGUCCAAGCCGUUCCUGAGGCCCCAGAACCCGUUCCUGGAGGACGCAGCCUCCCCUGCAGGCAGUCAGGAUGAGGAUACAGAGGAGGAGGUGGAUCCCAUACUGAUGGUGGGAGCCUACACAGAAGGAAACAGCACAUUCUAUGACUCAGAGGAGCCCGACCCUGCAGUACCCAGUAUUGUCGUUAGGGGGAAGAAACGGGAACAGACUCACAGGGCCAUGUACCGCUUCAUUCCAAGACACCAGGAUGAGCUGGCCCUGAACGUGGCAGACCCCCUGUAUGUGGAGAGAGAGGCGGAGGACCUGUGGUUCGAGGGGUGGAACAUUCGCACGGAGAAGUACGGAGUCUUUCCCAGCGCGUACGCCUACGAGGCCGGACCUGAACAGGAGGAAAUUGGUUUUAGUGGAAAGGUGCAUGUAGACAGAUAUACCCUGAAGUUCCUGGGGUCAGUAGAAGUGCCGUAUCACAAGGGUAACGAUGUGCUGUGUCAGGCUAUGGAGAAGGUAGUGAAGGCCCGCAGGAUGACGUUACACACCAAACCCCCGCAGGUGUGUGCUGUGGACAUCAGUGAUAAGGGCAUCAAGAUGGUGGAGAACUCAAAUGGUCAGAGGAAGGAGAGUGUGAAAUGGGGAAAGCUGUUUGGUGGCAGUAAAAAACUUGCAAACAAUGAAGGACAAAACUACUUCUUUGCUCUGAAAAAUAUUUCCUUCUGUGGCUAUCAUCCCAGGAACAACAGAUAUUUUGGGUUCAUCACGAAGCACCCCGCAGAGCGCAGGUUUGCCUGCCAUGUACUGGUGUCAGAGGACUCCACACGGCCGGUAGCAGAGGCACUCGGGAGAGCCUUUAGAAAAUUCUAUGCUGAAUACAUGGACUACACCCACCCAACAGAGGACAUCUACAUGGAAUAAAUGCUAAACAUGGACAUUGUCCAUGGCACAUGACAUUAUGAAACUGG